AAAAUUACCAUAUGUUUUCUAUCGAAGUUUACAGGACUCCGACGUUCUCUGCCUCGCACGAAAAGUUCAUCGUCUCUCUUACUCAACGUCAUUUCACAACUCUCUUCAUCAUUUGCAUUCCCCAUCGAACUCUGACUCAGCCCUACAGAAUACUCACGCCUUUGCAUCUAGGUAUUUCGUCGCCGUAGUCAGAUCUUGUAAGACGGCCCGGAAGACAGCUAUCCCUCGAGUCCCUUUUAAGUCAGGACUUAGGACUCAUCGUAUCGUUUCGCUCGGAAGUGACUGCUUGAAUUUCUGAUCGCUCUUGAGCUGAGAUAUUUGCAAUUACGUCUUGUUUACCCUGCGGUGCUGCAUUACUUUGAUGCCCCCUGCGUUCUGUGCUGUCCUCAUCUAACUUUAUAUAUUUCACUAUAAUACAUGGCAGACAAUAUGGAGCGAUUUGAACAGCAGGCCGUGCUGCCUGACCUCGAUGAGGCCAUUGAUCUCCAUCGAGCUGCACUCGCGCUCUGUCCCCUUGGCCAUCCUGAUCGAUCUAUAUCUCUCAACAACCUCGCAGACAGUCUUAAUGUCAGAUUCGAGCAACGGGGGGCGCUGCCUGACCUAGAUGAGACCAUUGAGCUCCAUCGAGCUGUACUUGCGCUCUGUCCUCAAGGCCAUCCUGAUCGAUCAAUGUCUCUCUACAACCUUGCCAUCAGCCUUCGAAUCAGAUUCGAGCGACAGGGGGCGCUGCCUAACCUAGAUGAGGCCAUUGAGCUCCAUCGAGCUGCACUCGCGCUCCUUUCCUCAAGCCAUUUUCUUCGAUCAUCGUCUCUCGACAACCUUGCUUACAGCCUCAAUGCCAGAUUCAAGCAAAGGGGGGCGCUGUCUGACCUGGAUGAGGCCAUUGACCUCUAUCGAGCUGCACUUGCGCUCUGUCCCCUUGGCCAUCCUGAUCGAUCCAUGUCUCUCAACCGUCUUGGCAACAGCCUUAAUACUCGAUUCGAGCAACGGGGGGCGCUACCUGAUCUCAAUGAGGCCAUUGAGCUCAAUCGAGCUGCACUUGCGCUCUGUCCCCUUGGCCAUUCUGGUCGAUCCAUGUCUCUCAACAACCUUGCUAACAGCCUUCUAGCCAGAUUCGAGCAACAGGGAGCGCUAUCUGACCUAGACGCAGCCAUUGAGCUCCAUGGAGCUGCACUCGCGCUCUGUCCCCUUGGCCAUCCUGAUCGAUCCAUAUCUCUCAACAACCUUGCCAACAGCCUUAAUGUCAGAUUCAAGCAACAGGGGGCGCUGCCUGACCUCGAUGAGGCCAUUUGGCUCCAUCGAGUUGCACUCGCACUCUGUCCCCUUGGCCAUUCCGAUCGAUCCAUGUCUCUCAACAACCUUGCCAACAGUCUUGAUGCCAGAUUCGAGCAACAGGGGGCGCUACCUGACCUCAAUGAGGCCAUCGAGCUCCAUCGAGCUGCACUCGCACUCUGUACGCUCGGCAAUCCUGAUCGAUCCAUCUCCCUCAGCAACCUUGCUAUCGGCCUUGAUACCAGAUUUGAGCAACAGGGGGCGCUGCCUGACCUCAAUGAAGCCAUUGAGCUCCAUCGAGCUGCAUUUGCGAUCCGUCCACUUGGCCAUCCUCUUCGAUAUCAGUCUCUCAACAAUCUUGCCAACAGCCUUCGAGUCAGAUCCAAGCAACAGGGUGAGCUGUCUGACCUGGAUGAGGCAGUUGAGCUCUAUCGAGCUGCAUUCGCGCUCCUUUCCCCAAGCCAUUUUCUUCGAUCAUCGUCUCUCAACAACCUUGCUAAGAGCCUUCUAGUCAGAUUCGAACAACAGAGUAUGACAUCUGACUUGGAAGAGGCCUUUGGGCUUUAUCUGCAACUCCCUGAAAUAUCUCAUGCAGUCUGGUGUAAGGAUCUUUACGCUGCAAAGUCAUGGGCUGCCUCUGCCGAGCAGCUGAACCAUCACUCUGCAUUGGUUGCCUAUCAAACCGCAUUGGAGCUCCUUGAUCGGCACGUCACUGUUUUGUCCUCUUUUUCCCGCCACUUCGAUGUGAUCAGGGAGGCCACUUCCUCCAUUGCAAUGGAUGCUUUCUCAUGUAAUGUUCGCCAUGGUGCUCUGACCACUGCUGUGGAACUGGUGGAACGAGGUCGUGCAGUAUUCUGGACCCAGUUGGCCCGCUUCCGUACACCACUAGAUGAACUUUCUGCAUCAGGCGGCACUGGUGAAGCCUUGGCAGAAGAAUUUAAACAACUCAGCUUUCGGAUUCGUAAAGCGUUAGACGCACUAGAUGUAUCUCUUGAAGACCGGUCCUCGCAAAUCCGGCAACUCAUAAUUCAAUGGGAUGGUGUUAUCUCCCGCAUCCGCAGGUUACCCGACUUUUCCCGGUUUCUGCUGCCUCCGCUGUUCUCUGACCUGCAGAAGGCAGGAGAAGACGGCCCAGUCAUUAUCGUCAACGCAAGCCGGUACAGCUGCGACGCCUUGAUUAUCCUGAUUUCCCAAGAUCCUGCACACGUGUCACUCGAUAUCACGCAAGCUGAGGUCUCUGAGUUGACCUCUACAUUUCAGUCCCUCACAUCGCAUGCUGGCACUUCUGAUCAUAAAACCGAAUCAUACAAGAUUGUCGGUGUUUUACGCACACUCUGGAGGCGUGUAGUUGCCUCCAUACUUGAAGUGCUCAGGAAGUUCGUCCCCCGUGGCUCACGCAUUUGGUGGUGUCCUACUGCUGAGUUCACCCUGCUUCCUCUCCAUGCCGCUGGGCCUUACGAGCCGAAUAGUCAUAAUUUCUCUCACUUUUACGUCUCCUCUUACACCCCAACUUUGGCCACCCUCAUUCGCGCAAGACGGCAGGGUUCUCGAGAUGCUUCUUCUCAGCAUUUUGUUGCCAUCGGUCAAGCGAGCCCGGACAGAGCAAAGGAACUUCGGUGUGUCGCUGCUGAGUUAGAUAUCGUCGCUCAGCGUGUCGCACCCGUUUUGUCCUUUACAUCGCUUGCAGGCAGUGAUGCAACAGUCCAGGGAGCAUUCGACACAUUAAGCCAAAAACAGUGGCUUCACCUGGCCUGUCAUGGUAUGCCGAAUCAAGAAGAACCGUUUGAGUCUUCCUUCGCCAUGUACGACGGGUCUUUAAUGAUCAAGGAUAUCAUACGAACUCGCUUGCAGGAUCCGGAGUUCGCAUUCUUGUCGGCUUGCCACACUACUGUGGGUGAUAAGUGGAGUCCGGAUGAGGCGAUUCAUCUCGCUGCAGCCAUGCAAUUCUCCGGAUUUCGUAGCGUAAUAGGUUCCAUGUGGUCUGUAGACGACGAUGUUGCAGGCCAGAUCGUCUCUCAUUUUUACGACAACUUGGUUGACGAUUCAGGGAGAUUGGACUGCAAGCGUGCUGCAAGGGCAUUGCACAAGGCUGUGAAGAAGUUGCGCAAGCAGAUUCCGUUUGAACAGCAGAUCGUAUUCGUUCACAUAGGUGUUUAGUUUGUUUGAGACUCACUAAUCAUUAAUCAUUUCCC